UAAAAAGCUUCUUUCCAUUGCUUGAGAGAACCGCUCGCAGGGCUUUUGCAGGCGGGGAAGAACAUCCCUAGCAUUCUUCUCGCGGGAGAUUUUGCUCGUCAGCCAUGGAUUGUGGAGCUAAUGGAACGAAACGAAUCGUGGAUUUUCGAUCGGAUACCAUCACCAAGCCGACAGCGGCGAUGCGAGCCGCCAUGGCCAGCGCCGAGGUUGAUGACGACAUUGUCACGGUCGAUCCUACCAUGGACGAGCUCCAGAAAGAAAUGGCUAGAAUAUUUGGGAAAGAGGCCGCCUUGUUUGUUCCUUCCGGUACGAUGGGGAAUCUCAUCAGCGUCCUUGUUCACUGUGAGGCCCGUGCAAGCGAGGCCAUCAUCGGGUCUGAGAGCCACAUCAAUGUUUACGAGCAAGGUGGAAUGGCAACGCUGGGCGGUGUUUUCCCGAGCAUUGUUCCAAACAAUCCGGAUGGAACCAUGGACUUGAGGGCGGUCGAAAACGCUAUCAAGCCUUUGGACGACGAGCACUUUGCGACGACUCGCUUGAUUUGCAUCGAGAACACUCACAACCGAUGCGGUGGAAGAUGCGUCUCGGUUGAGUACACGGAUCAGGUUGGCCAGCUUGCCAAGAGAUAUGGAUUGAGACUACACGUAGACGGUGCCCGAAUUUUUAACGCAUCCACAGCUCUGGGAGUGUCUCCGGAAAGACUUGUUCGAGCAGCUGAUACUGUAUCGGUUUGCUUGUCAAAAGGAUUGGCUGCACCAGCGGGAAGUGUGAUUGUUGGAUCGCAUGAAUUCAUUGAGAAGGCUAAACGACUGCGAAAGGCUUUGGGUGGAGCUAUGAGACAAGUAGGAAUACUGGCUGCUCCUGGUCUGGUAGCGCUGAAAGACAUGGUUUGCAGAUUGUACGAAGAUCACUCCAAUGCUCGUCUAUUAGCAGAAGGAUUGUGUGGAAUGAAAGGCCUGCAGGUGGACAUGAGCGCAGUCGAGACAAACAUUGUAAAUGUGGACGUGACCAAGUCACGCUUCACAGCGGAAGAACUGUGCAGAGCUAUGGGAAAGAUUGGGAUUCUCUCAUAUGACCUGACCAAGACAAGUAUCCGACUGGUGACACAUUAUCACAUUUCGGAGGAUGAUGUACGCUACACGCUCGCUUGCUUUCAGCGUGUAUUGGCUGAUGAAAAUGGAAGUCACGUUCCGUGAAUUGGCAUUUUGUCUCUAUGUCAUUUUUAAUUGUUUCCUUGCUAAUUUAAACCAAAACUACAUCUGUAAACACAAAAUGCUAAAGACAAGCCAGAAGCUGGUGAAUUACACAGUGAA